AUGAUUCAUUACGGCAAUGCAAUCAUUCUUCAUUUAUCUGUCGACGAAGUAGAUAACCGUGUCGUAGAAAAUCUAACCGUAAUUUCGUGAGAAUAGUAUUAUUUGUUCUCUCAUUUACUAAGAGAGACAGAAUGAACAAUUGUACAUGAUAUUUGAUAAUUGUACUUCACCUUCUUACUGUAAAUUUGUUUCUCAAUAUUCACUGAAGUAAGUUCUGUUAACAAUAAUAAUACGUAAUAUAAUACAAAUAUGUACUAUAUUUCUCCGUUUUUAUUUAUUUAUUGCAUACACACAUAUAUUAUUGUAUUUAUGUGCACUUGUUAACUCUGCAAUCCAUUAUGCAUAUCAUGGAUCUAUGAAGUGAUACCCAUAAGCAAAUGUGUCACAAGCAUUAAAUUUACACAAUCUAUGAUAUUUAUUAAUAUUAUUAAAUUAAUAUUAUAAUAAUAUUAUAAUUAAUAUUUUAUAAUAUUAUAAUUAAUAUUUUAAUAAUAUUCAAGACACAAUUUCAGAUGUAGUUUGAUAAUAUUGAUAAUAUUGUGUCCUUAAUUUCAGAUAUUAUCCCUCGGUUAUUUAUUCGUACUGGGCAGCGGCGCGAUUGAGCCAUCCGAACCGAAAUUAACAACCAAAUUAACACCGGUGAAUAGCCCAUCGUACGAGAAUAACGUCAAAGAUUUAACAGCUGCCGCGAGCGAUCGAACGUUUCACCUGAACAAAGACUAUCAACCUGGGGUCGCACCAUAUGGAAGUUACCUCGGCCUUGGUGGUUCGAUUUAUGGCCCUGGUACGGCAUAUCGUGGAACAGGCUUGAGUCCCGGAUACUUAAAUCCAGGCUACAGAGGCUAUCCAGUGGGUGGGCCAGGUGGAAUUAUUGGGGGCGGCCAUAUAGGGUAUGGCUAUUACGGAAACCUUGGAUACAAUCCGGGAUAUAAAGGCUAUGGAUAUCUUGGUUAUGAUGGUUAUGGCGGCGGUUAUGGUGGAUACGGUGGAAGCUCUCUAGGGGGCUAUGGUGGUUACGGCAGCGGAUAUGGUCCAAGUGGUUACAGUUACGGUUCCGGUAUCUACGAUGAUGGAUAUUAUGGCUAUGGUGGACGUGGUAGUUACGGACGUUACGAUGGUUAUGGAUAUGGGACUGGAUACGGUGGUUACGGAGGAUCGAAUUAUGGAUCCUCGUACAACGUGAGGGGCAGCUACGAUCCGUAUUAUCGUAGCACCAAUUACGCAGGCUACACUGGUAAUCCAUCGGGAUACAGAGGUUAUUCUUAAGCCUUCCUAAUAAAGAAUGCAACACGAGCGUUACAG